CACCGUUCAUUGUGCAGCUUGCUCAGAGACAGAUACUCAAAGACACGGAGAUAUAGAUUUAUAGAUACAGAGGAAAACUUAGGGACAGACCCAGGCUCACGAACAAAACCACACAUCGAGACAUACGUACGGAGAUAAACACACACAAAGACAGCCACACACGCGCAGAGAAACAGAAAUUUAGACACAUACGCACAAAUUUAAGCGAACAGAGUUAUACGAGCACAGACUCAGAAACACACAGAGAGGCGCGCUUGGAUACACACACAUACACGUCACCAUGGCAUCUCCAUAUCCAUCAGGACCUCUCCCGUUCAUCAUGUCCGACGAGGACUUCAAGUUCCAUGUCAAUAAGGAAACAGCUCAGGUUCUGACUAGAAUCGAGAAACCAAUGGUGGUGGUGGCGAUAGUUGGAAAAUACAGAACUGGAAAAUCCUUCCUCAUGAAUCGACUGGCCCGCACGACGACAGAUGGACAUAAAAGCCAGUCUACCCCCACAGGAGCAGGGAAACCCAAAGAAGACAAGAAGCCCAACUAUGUAACCAAAAGGGAUCCCGGUCCUCCAAAGGCUGAUAAAGAUGAAGAUGCGUACACGCCAAAAGACAAAUUCAAGUUUUGGAAAACUAAAGAGAAAGAGCACUCAUCUUCAGAGAAACCCACUAAAUCACAGCCGAGAUGUGAAGGACCAUUAGAGAGUCACCCAAAGCAACAUGACAGGAGCACAACCGCCCGCCGCUGUUGGAGGCCCGUCAACGCCAAGGUCCCGUUCCCCAGGGAGACCCAAAUCUACAAAGCGCACAGGAGCGACCUGCAAGGGCCCACGUCCAAAGGUUUGAAUUAUUACACUUAUGUUAGGAACUGCUCCGGCAGUACUAUCAUCAUGAGGAUGUUCAACGACAAGCUGAAUGACAUCCAGAAACACACGGAUGAGAACAUAAGGGAGAUCCAGAAGACUCACCAGAAGGAGAUGGACAGUGUGAAGAAUAAAUCAAAGUGCGUGAUCUGUUGA